AUGCAGUCUCUGCGAAGUACUCUGUUGAUAGCAACAAAAUUAUCACCGACACUAACAGAUGAUCAACAGCGAUUUUUGUUCCGUAUAUGUAUCACAUCAGCGUUACUUGCUCGACUGGCUAUGGACAAUUUGGCAUUUAUUCAACCGCAUCUCGUGAAACGAAUAAGGAAUUUACGUGUACUUUCUUGUAAUGCUUUCAAAGAAGUUUUCCAUGCCUCGCAAGAUCGUCAUUUUGUAAUUGAUGAGCUCAAUUCAUUUAUUACAUAUAUUGUAACUCCACAAUGUUUAUACGUUGAUGGUAAUGCAGUUCCAGAAAUUCCUCUAAGUCUUCUGCGAUUGUUCCUAUCAUGGACAUCGAUUCCAAAAUUAUUCUUUCUGCUACGACUUCAAGUGGUAACUGAUGGCAAGGCACCGUGUUCACUGCUAUCAAUUUUGUGUAACAUGCUGUCCUCUAAAAGUAUUAGUAAUUUGAGUAAAGAAAAGAUUAUCGAUGGCAUAUUCGAUUUGCUAACUUUAGCCGACGAGAUUACUACUUAUGCUGUCCCGGAUAAUAUCUUGUUUCCACUUCCAGAACAACAUGGUUUAAGCAGUGGAUUUGCUAUGGUGAUUAGUGAGCUGCCGAAAAUACUAGCAUUUAUUUUUGCUUCUUUACCUUCAGAACGAGAAAAGCGCAAGCUUAAAACUAAGCAUCUGGAACUCUUGAGCAGAGUGAGCGAUUUCAUCCAAGACGGAGAAAUGAUUGAGCAGUAUAUUUCUGUUCUGUUGACAUUUGUGAAUUCUGGAACUAUACGUUCUGAUGAUGUUAUUCGGUCUCUUUUGUUAAUCGUUUCACGAAUGAUGGCUGCAACACCAGAACCUAUUAAAUUUUUGAAGCAACUUGUAAAUCCACAGUCUUCGCUAACAGAACGUUCACAUCGCGAAGCUUUACAGAAAGUUGAAGAGGUCAUAGCAGUGAGGAUAAAAGAAAAUGACAAGAGGAAGGCAGAACUUUUGAAUUAUAUAAUAUCUUUCGAUUCAUGGGAUGCAAGUCGAAUUGGUGAACCAGAUUAUGAUGAGCGUCAUAACGCAUAUUCAGGCUUCAGUGAGGCUUUAACAUCAAAUGAAGUGAUUGAUCCAGUUAUAUUGUGCUUAGCAUUGCACAACGAUUAUUAUGUUAUAACUCAGUUCAGCGAUAUUUCACUACGCUCGGGUGCUACCAGGAAUUUUCGUAACAUUAUUGAAUAUUUUGAGAAGUUUCAAAUGGUCGAGUGUGAUAACAACGAAGCUACAAUUUUCAUUAUCUUGAAACUCAUUGUUAAAGGUCUAAGCAUUGAGAAGGAGCUCAUACGCCAUGAUUUUGUGAAACUUUUGGUUGCAAUGAUUACUUGUUUCCCGAUGCAUAAGCAUCUUCGCUUUUUAUUACCUUUAAGAAAUACUGCUGACAUUGACUUGGACUUCUUCGAAAAUAUUAUUCAUUUGCAAAUUCAUCGAAGACAACGUGCUUUAUACAAGCUCACACAGAGUUUGCGGACAGAAGAGGUUCAUAUUCCAAAUGAAAUUUUGCACCAGUUUGUGUUACCUUUAUUUAAACCAUAUUUGUCAAAUUUAUCUAGUAGUACAUCUGCUUUGAGUGAUGCUGCUCUCGGACUCCUCAAACAAAUUAUGAGUAGGACACCAUGGAAGAAGUACUUCUCAAUGUUAAACUACUAUCUUAAACGAUUGAAAAAGGAAGAUACUAAUGACAAAUCACUAGUGAGAAUUAUUGUUGCUAUUGUGGAAGCUUUUCAUUUCAAUGUAUGGGAUGAAGCUCACAAUCCUGCACUGAAACAAAAAUCAGUUCAUUUCAAAAUAAAUGAAACUGGAAAUAUAUCUAGUAAUAGUAAAGAGGAUAGUCAAGUUGAGGAUUUAAUCGUUGCUCAGGUCAAUAGUAACAGCAGCUUGAGAAGCAGUGCUUCAUGUAUAUAUCAAAAGAUUGUUGAAUAUCUAAUACCACAAUUAAAAGACUGUGCCACGGGGAAAGACCUGACAUCUCAUCGAAAAGCUCAUUCUUUGAAAUAUUAUAAAGAAGAUGAUGAAAUACGAAGAGCUCCUGUCGCGUUGGCUACAGUAAAAUUGCUGCAGAAAAUGCCACAGAAAGUAAUGGACGAUAAUUUACAUGGAAAACUUUCUCGAAUUGCUGCACGCGUGUAUCAUUAUAGCGUGGUCAUCAAAAUGUGCUCACUGUUGAUGUCACGAUCAGUAAGUGUACGAGAAGCUGCGGGAAAAACUGUUAUUGAAAUCACCAAAACUUUAGGCUCCAAAUAUAUUUGUUUUAUAAUACGAGAAAUGAAACAGACGAUGACAAAAGGAUACCAAAUUCAUGUGAUGAUUUUUUAUAUUCACAAGUUAUUGUCUGCCAUGGAAUUUCAGCUUAGCACUGGGGACCUAGAUUCAUGCCUUAUAGAUAUCGUCGAGGUAUGUAAUAUGGAUUUAUUUGGUGAUAUCGCGGAUGAGAAAUCUGUUUCUGGUAUUACAAAGGAUGUUCCAGAAGCGAAGACACAAAGAACCUAUGAGACUUAUCGAUUACUUGGACGAUAUAUUAGCUCAAAUUGUCUUGACUAUGUUUUAGAAACCUUAAAAAAGGUUGUGGAGUCUAGACCUGAUACAAAAACAAUGCAAAAGGUGGGACGCUUACUACGUCAGUAUUCAUUGGGAAUAUCUGCUAAUGAAGGCAUUGAAUCCAAAGUUGCAUUGGUUUUUGCAUAUCAUAUUUUGAAAAGUGAAGUGCUUGGAGUUAUGAAGGAAGGUGAAAAACCGACUGAAUCAGGUGCUUCAGAAACAAAAAAAAGGAGACGUGCGGAAAGUUGUCUACUUUUGGAAAAAGAACCUGGACGCAUGGGAGUGAUAGUGAAAGUAUCAACAAGGAGUAAAAUGCAUGUCUUUAUUGAAUUUGGCAUGUGUGAACUGUAUUCAGUUCUGAAAAACAAAGCUUUUGACGUUGAUUCAAAUAACGAUAUUGCACGAUUAGACCCAUUUGUCAACAUUGUUUUGCAGUGUUUGCAUUUAAAAUAUGAUCAAAUUCUUGUGUACUCCUUACGAUGCUUCCUGAUACUGCUCAAAUUUCCUCUACCUUCACUCCGAUCAAAUAUUGCGGAAUUCCUUAAUCGUCUGUUCAUCUUGUUAGCUGAUUAUGCAGCUAUUGGUGCAUUUGGUAGCGCACACGAAUAUGUUCGAAAAUCAUCGGAGAGUCUCACUCAAAUCAUCAGAGACGCUCCACAUCUUGUUUUAAUAUCAAAACGCCUACAGUUGUUAUUGACUUAUGUUGAAACUGAUGUAGCCGAUAAUCAAAAGCAAGCAGUGGCAUUUCCUUUGAUCAAAGCAAUAAUCACGCGGAAACUUCAAGAUCCGAAGAUUCCAGAAAUCAUUCAUUAUCUUUCUGAAAUAUCUAUUAUGUCAGAAAUUUCGCAUAUCCGUGAACAGUGCCGACAAGUAAUACUCCAAUACGUUGGUACUCAUCCUCAAAGCAAAAAACCUGCGAAGUAUAUUGAAUUUUUUUUGGAGCAGCUGGAAUAUCAGUAUGAAGAUGGUCGACGUUCCGCUAUUGAAAUGUUGAAUAUGCUGUUUCAAAAAUUCACUGAGAAGGUUAAUGAUGAAUAUGCUUUGUUUGCUUACGUUAAAUUAUCAGCACGUUUAAUGAAUGAUGAAAGUAAGGAAUGUCGUCGGAUGGUAUCUUUAGCCAUUCAGCAGCUUAUAAAUUCUGUUUCGGGAUCAAAAAGAAACGAUCUUUAUUUGGCCACUCAAGAUUGGUUGAAAAGUAACAAGGAAAUAUAUAUCUGCACUGCUAUGCAGUUACUCGUAAUGUUCAGUAAGGAUAGCGGGGAAAAUAUUGAAAAUACAUUGCGCGAAUUAUCACAAACACUAUCUAGAAUCUUUGAUAUAGAUACGUCAUAUUCAUGUGCUGAAGAAAAUAUACUGAUCAUUAUUGAUAAUUUGACUUCAUUGCUGCGUGCUUAUAUUGGGAUAAGUUCUUUCGCCAGUUCUCAAAAAUCGCCACUAAUACAGCUAUCUGCAGCUCAAUUUUUUGGCUUCAUUUUUGCUGCUGUCAGUGAUGAAUAUUUGUUAUCUAUGAGUGACCCAUCGCCUAGACAAUUGAUGCAGUGGAUGUUAUCGGUCAUGAAGUCCUAUGAACUUAACAAUGCAUUAGCUGAGCAGACAGCGAAAAAUAUAGUAUACUUGUUUGAUCCAGUUGUGCGAUCGGGUGAGAAUUUGGAUUGGCUUGUUUCCCGAUUCAAAAUGAUAUGUAGAUUUGAAAUAGUUAGACUGCCUGCUGAAUUCACCCGAAGGAUCAGUAUUUUCAAAGUUAUAGCUGCUGUUGUUCUUAAGACGGAUCUUAAUCAAUGCAGAAUCGUUAUAAGAUCAUUAUUACCUGUGCUUUAUCGUGAAAUGCAAGGCAGAUCUACGCAGACGAGCGAAGAAUUGCGAAGGAUUGCGUUAGAAGUAGUAGAAACAAUUAAAAGAAAAAUUGGUGAAGAUGAAUUUACGAAACGAAUAACUGAAUGCCAUAGACAGUUUGAUAUCAGAUCUCAAAUGAGGAAGCGAAAACGCAAAGAGGACUUUGUUUUAAACCCAGUAAAUGCAGCGCUCAAAAAGCAGCGAAAAAAUAAAGUCAAACAAAAAUUAAAGGCGAAAAAAAGGCGCAUAUCAUGA